CCUGACACCAUGUCUGGUGUAGGGGCCCUAAACCAGAGUGACGAGACACGAUGUCAGGGCCAGAGGAAACUCGGGCUUAAGUGUCACGUGACUCUCCGGGGACGAAAAGUCUUUAAUCUUCCAUUCCAACGAUAACCCAAGCACAGCUGGUAUAAUUAGAUGUCUGCAUAAAUCAGUCACAGACUUGCGAGUGGCAGGGAAAGGACAGACACAAAAAAGAUGGGCAGACGGGUUGCCAUAGUGACCGGUGCCAAUCGGGGCAUCGGACUGGCCACUGUUCGGAACCUCUGCAAGACCUUCAGCGGUGAUGUAAUUCUGACGUCACGAAUGACGCCAACUGGCAAGGAAGCUGUAAACUCAUUAAAGAAAGAAGGUCUCAAUGCAAUUUUUCACGAACUCGACAUUUCGCAGCCGGACAGUAUCCGUAUGCUGCGGGAGUACAUAGAGGAACAUUAUGGCGGUAUCGAUGUACUGAUAAAUAACGCUGCAAUGUCGUUCGAUAAGAACGAAGAUAUUCCCAUUUACAGGAAAGCUCAGCUUUGUUUUGAUGUUGAUUUCUCUGGCACUUUGAAUGUUGUUAAACUGUUUUUUACGCUUCUAAGGCCACAUGCUAGAGUUGUCAUCAUGACCAAUGGUUAUAUCGGAGUUGAAAGUGCCUUGACGGGUGUUGCCAAAUCGAAGUUCAGUGACAGCACACUGCGCCUGUACGAUCUGGAGUUAUUAGCAAACGAAUAUCUGAAAGCUGUCAAAUUUAGUAAUUGUCAGAAGUUUGGAUGGCCAGACUCGCCCAGUCAAUGCGCCAAAAUCUUUCUUGUGAAAAUGGCGAAUAUUGUUUCUAAAUUAAUGGAGAGUGACCAACGGCGAAAUUUGUUGAUCAACGCGUGUUGUCCGGGAUGGACUCGGUCCGGGGCAAGUCGGGAAUAUACGGACAAAGACGGAACGGUCGGGGGAGAGGUCCUACAGGAACCGGAUACCGCAGCAAAGGACAUUGUCUGGCUAACAGCGAUCUCUUCCGGAACAGCGACACCUAACGGAAAUUUGGUGCGACACAAGAAAGUAUUAAACGCAUCUACGUGUACCUGAGCUACAGUAGACAUGUUUUGACAGUCCGUCCGAAAACUUCUGUGCUUUCUUUUUAAAUUUUUUGUUUCGUUAUUUAUAUAUUGUGAUAUUUCACUGUUCAUGUACAUAAUUAUUGUAAGCAGCUGACUGUGAUAUUAAGGCUAAUUUAAUCAGUAAUCACUAGGAUGUUAAUUAAUAUUAAAAUUAUACAAAGUAACUUCAAUUAUAGCACUGUAACAGGUAGUAAUUAGUUUACUUUAAACGGACUUUGUAACAUGUUUUAAAGAUAAACAUUCCAACCUGUCUAUUAAAGUCAUGUGAGAAAAGUGGCCGUCUCGUCUCGUCUCGUAUGAGUAUACUUCGGACAUCGCUGUGUUUCACGAGGCGAAGGCCACAUUAUGGUCAGAAUGUAUGCAAAGCUAACAUGACAGUGGGACUUUUUUCGUCUCUCAGAAAUUUUCUAGUUUUAUAGAAGAUGACUUUAUAGCAAUUUCAACAGUAGUUAUUUUAAUUUUUGUGAUACUAACGUUGAUUUCCCACCCUUAUUGAGCUUAUCGAUAUACAGACAUUGUAAAUAUGGCUAAUAUAACCACUAUGGUAGUCGGACACACUAGUAUUGAGUACAUUACUUAACCAUGCACUUCUUCCCAACCCAAUGGACCGAUCCUCCCACCCACGGUUCCCGGUACCCUCCCUUCCCACGGUUCCCGGUACCCUCCCUACCCACGGUUCCCGGUACCCUCCCUACCCACGGUUCCCGGUACCCUCCCUACCCACGGUCGCAAGUACCUACUCGUAUCCUAACAGCUGUUCCUGAUAAGUAUCCCAUCCUUACCCGUCCCACCCCUCCCAGCAUCUCUGGCACCCCACCCCUUCCGACCCCUUCACCACCACCAUCCAGCGAUCCCCGAUACCCACCCACCCUGCCCCGCCAAAGAUAACGGGUUCUGUAACCCAACAUUGUUCGAAUCCAGAAUUUGUUUCCAGAGGAGAGAAUUAGAACAAUGGAUAAUUAAUUAUGUUGAUAAUUUAUCGGUGUAUUAUACUGAUCUUUAUAUUUCAGCUUUAACUAUGAUAUCUCCUGAUCCUUAAUUAGCAAUUAAUAAACUUAUAUCUGAAAUCAUACCGGAAUGUUAUUGGCUAAAUCAUUGCAUAGUUUGUCUUUUUUAUUUAUUUUUUUUGUCGUCUGACCUGUACCGUCCGCAUUUUCAAGCUCCUUUUCAAGUCUCACUAGAGGGAUUCAGCUCAAACUUGUCUGAAAUGAUCCUCUUGGCCAAGUGAUGUUACUUUAUACAAUAUAUACUGCUACUGAGUAUAUAUACUACAAUAGUUUCUACAAUAAUACUAGAGUCAUUAAAGUGAGAUGACCGUUAA